AUGGCCACUCUUGAACUGCAAAUGAACACUGGCAAGCCAAUUCCUGUGCUCGGCUUGGGCACGUGGAAAGCUGCAGACGGAGACACCUACCGCGCAGUGCUUGCUGCUCUCGAAAGUGGCUAUCGGCACAUUGACACAGCUGCAAUUUACCGCAACGAAGCUGCGGUAGGCAGAGCGAUAAGAGAUUCUGGAGUUCCUCGAGAAAAGAUUUUUGUCACCACCAAACUUUGGUGUACCCAGCAAAGAGACCCACAAUCCGCUCUUAACGCUUCACUAGAGAGGUUGGGGCUUGAUUAUGUUGAUCUUUACCUGAUGCACUUCCCGGUGGCGUUGAAAACAGACCUUAUCAAAGAUGGCAACGUUCUUUCAAUCCCGGUUAGAGCUGAUGGUGCAAGGGAUGUUGAUAUCGAUGGGUGGAGUUUUGUGAAAACUUGGCAGCUCAUGCAAGACUUGCCUAAAUCGGGGAAGACAAAAGCUAUCGGAGUGUCGAACUUUUCAAUUAAAAACAUCGAGGAAAUCUUAAAGCCUGAGCUUGGUUUAAGUGUCCCGGCCGCGAACCAGAUUGAGAUCCACCCACAAUUGCCACAGGAUGAGCUGAUCGAAUAUUGCAAAUCAAAAGGCAUUAUAGUUGAAGCAUAUUCUCCGCUAGGCUCCAGCGAGUCUUCGAUGUUAACAGAUCCUGAUCUUAUCAAGCUCGCUGAGAAACACCAGGUUGAGCCUGCCCAAAUUCUGAUUAGUUGGGGUGUUACGAGAGGUUACUGUAUUCUACCAAAGUCGGUAAACUCCAAGAGAGUGCAAUCUAAUCUGAAAAUUGUGAAGCUAAGCAGCAACGACGUUCAACAAAUUUCGAAGAUCCUCGAGAAACUAGGUAGCAAAAGGUACGUGUCUCCUUCCUGGGCUCCUUUCCCAAUGUAUGAGUAG